AUGACUUUGAAAAUCACUGCUCUCCUCACGCUGCUGAUCGCCAGCGUAUCCAUGGCCAACCCCGCGGUAAUGUCCAGCAAAGCCAGAACAUGUCCUGCUAAAUACAGUAAGUUGGCGUGCUGCAUGCCCACCUAUGAGAGAGAUCGCUAUACAUGCGAACCUGCCGGAGGCCUCUGCGGAGGAUCUCAAUACUGUUGCAACGACAACAAGGCCCAUGGCGUGAUCAUCACUGCCCAAGGCGAACAACAAUAUCUUCGCUGCGUCGGUAUUAAUGCCUGA